AAUUUUAAUUAAGAGAUUAUUAAAAUUAAAAAAUUAAUAGAAAAACUAAACAAAGACUUGAUAAAAUGAAAUUAGAACCCGCAAAUGGGAAUCCAGUAAUGCCUCCAUUAAAGUUAGCAUCUGUGUUGUCGAAGGUGGAGCCACAACAGCCACAACAGCAGCAGACAAAAGAAGAUAGUGAAAUGAUGAUGCAAGAAGAAGAAUAUGAAAAUUAUGCUGAUGAUGAUGAAGACGAGGGUUCUGGACAUGAUGAGGUUUUGGCCGGGCUAUUAAAGGAAGCUAAACAAAUUGAUAAAUUAGAUAACACUGAAAUCGGGGAAAAUGAGGAAGAAAUCAUGCAAGGUGGUAAAAAGAAAGGAACUCGUAAAAAACGCUCAAUCAAUUGGGAAGAAGCUGAACGGAGCUUAUUGGUCGAGGUUAUAAAACCGAGGGUGGAUUUGGUCGAAAAUCGUGCCGUGGACGCUAAAAGUAUUAAAUCAAAACGUUUAGCCUGGAUACAAAUUUCUAAACAAUUUAAUUCCUUGAAUUUUCGUCAACGCUCUUUGGAACAAAUACAAGUACAAUGGCGGAGCAUGAAAAAUGCUGCUAAAAAAGAAUAUCAACAAAAGAAUCCGAAGUCCUCAUGCGCCUUAGAAGGCUUACAGAUGUUAGAGUUUAUGGAGGAAAUGCAAAAGGAACCGGUUGGCUCAACACGCAGUCAAACGCGUAACUUGGGAGUGCAAAACAAAAAAGAGCCAAUGGAUAUAGACGAGGAGGAUACCCCUUUGGCUGCUUUGCCUACUACUUCAUUGAGUAAUAGCAACAGUGAAGAUACUUUGCCUUCGUCGACAUUAGCUUUACCAUCACCGCCCAAUUCAGCUGAAUCUCAGUUAGCCGAAUUUCAGCAACAAGAAGAUUCCGCACGACCCAAAAAGAAGAAAGUUGCGCCUAAAACAAAGCCUAAUAAUUUAACUGCCGCGAAAGCACAAACGCAAGUCAAUCACAAUGCAACUUUGCCGGAUAAUACAAUUUCUGGAGCCGGUUUUAAAGUAAAACGGCAAAAAAGUCAGAAUUCAUCAAACAGUGAAUCAAAUAACACAAACAUUUCCUUGAACGCUAACGCAAUAAAUCCAACAUCGUCCAGCAGUUCUGCUGAUAUCAAACCCUCCGCUACUUUAACUCUUAGUUCUAUGACUACCCCGCCUCCCUCUCCACCCGUACCUAACGAUGAUACGAAAUACAAAAAACAAUUAUUCGAUUUAAUAAAACGUGUACGUCUUGCCGAAAUGGAUUGCACACGCAAAGAACAUGAACAGAAAUUACGUUUUGAACAGCAGGAGCAGGAACUCAAGCUACGCCAAAUGUGUGAAUUACACGAACAGCGUAUGCGUUUUGCCUUAAUCGAACAUGAGGCCCGAAUGCGUGCCUAUGCUUUUGCCUCCAACGAAGAGAAGCCGAAUGUAACGAAAUGAGCCACCACAAUACAAGAACAAUAAUAAUAACAGAAUAUUUAGGAGUAUUGAACAUAUAGUAUAAAUUUUCCUUUUUUUUUUUUUAUUUUUUUUUGAGAACGUGAAGUAUUAUUAGUGUCCAGACACCAUACACAUAUAAUUAGACAUGAAAAAAGACGCCAAUUAUCAGCUACUAAAUAGCAUGUGGAAGACAUAAGCAUACCUACAUUUACUUAUAGGUAAAAAAAUAUAUCCUUCAUUUUUUACAGGUUGUAACCUUUCUUUUUUUAUGCAUUUAAUUUGUUUCGAGUUUGUUUUUCCCGGUUUUAUCGAUGUCAUCGUAUAUAAAUCAAAUUCUAGUUUAAAUUUUCAUAAAGUUUUUAUCAACGAGUAUUAGAUAGCUUAAGUUAAAUCUAUUGUGUUUUCCAAUAUGAUUUUCCUAAUUUUUAUAAAUUUAACUAUAC